AUGGUUGCUUGCUUUGAAGUACGAACGAAACGAAUGUGAAAUGUAUUUAGAUUUUUCUACCUCUUAAUUAUAAUAAUAAAUUGCUACUUCAUAGGAUUUUUAUAUAGUCAUGAGACAUGAUUCGUGUAGUGCUAAAAACUGUAAUUUAUUUAAUUCUUACAAUUGCUUCAGUGACGGGAAGGAUACACAAGUUAUUACUCUUGGAUGAUGAACGACACUAUGUAGAGCUUACAACGUUCGGCUUCUUCCAAGGAGGUAUUCUCGAUGUGCGAAUGGUCAACUUCAUGCUACCCUCGUCAGUUCCACGAGGAGAGUAUGGCUUCACAUUGGACCGAACAGUGAACGACGCUAUCAACCCUUACCUGGAGUCCCAUUCGGACACAUGUUUCUUAAAGGAUGUAGAUAGUAUUGGGAUCACACCACAACACACUGCUAUCGUGUUUCUUAAGCUGGACUUUGCUAACAUGAGAUUGAACAUCACAUGUAACGGCGAAGUGUCGGCCCUUCAUCUAUAUCAAAACAGAUCUAUGAUCCCAAUCGACAGGAUAAAAAGGCAGUCGCAGUACAUGUUCAUAAACAGAAGAAAAAGAUCUGUGGACUCUAAAUCUGUAAAUGCAGCACCUCAAUGCUCGUAUGCGAAUUUACAAAUAACGAAAGCUACACGCAAUGGAUUUGACUACUAUAACACCAGCUUCGCGAUGCUCGUCGCGUCACAGAAAGAAGAAGGUUUAUACAACUUAUACUUUCACAACUGUCCACAUCCAGGAAAAACGGCUGUCACACCUGUCAAUACAGUUAUUGAGAUAUAUGAAAGUAAUAACGGGGACAACUUUUUGUCGGCGGGAGAGAUGCCUCUGCCCGCGCUCUAUAGUAUGAUGUCAAUGAUAUUCUUUUUGAGCGCUGGAUUUUGGACUUUCAUACUGCGCACGAGCAAACACCCUGUAUACAGGAUUCACAUAAUAAUGUGCGUUCUGGUGUAUCUGAAGGCGUUGUCACUCGCCUUCCACGGUAUCAACUACCACUUCAUACAGACUAGAGGGGAACACGUCACCGCUUGGGCCAUCCUCUAUUACAUCACGCAUUUGUUAAAAGGUGCAGUUUUGUUCGUGACGAUAGUCCUAGUGGGGACAGGGUGGAAUUUCAUAAAGCACAUCCUCGCUGACAGAGACAAGAAACUCUUCAUGAUAGUUAUACCGUUGCAGGUGGUGGCGAACGUAGCGGAGAUAAUAAUAGCGGAGAGUGAAGAAGGUGCCGCCGAACAUAACGCAUGGCGUGGUAUCUUCAUACUAGUAGACCUUAUAUGCUGCGGUGCUAUAUUGUUCCCAGUCGUCUGGUCGAUACGUCACUUGCAAGACGCGUCGAGCACAGACGGCAAGGCGGCGAUAAACUUGCUCAAGUUGAAGUUAUUCAGGCACUUCUACAUUAUGGUGGUGUGUUACAUAUACUUCACUAGGAUCAUCAUAUCAUUAUUAAAGAUAACAGUGCCGUUUCAGUAUUCGUGGAUUGACGAGAUGUUCCGCGAGACUGCCACGUUCGUUUUCUUCGUGAUGACCGGAUACAAGUUCAGGCCGGCAGCCGCCAAUCCUUACUUCACCGCCAAUCAUGCGGACGACGACGAGACUGAAGUAUUAUCAGAAAUAGGGGUGCUAGAUGGUGUCACCAGAAUAUCGAAUAGGAGUGAUAAGCGACGAGAGGACAUGCAACCUCUCAUGCAAGAAACCGGAUACAAUUCCGACUAAUAGUACAUAGUAUAAACUGUGACGUCACUUCUCCAAUAAAACUUCCUCCGAACUGGUGCGGACGUCCUAUUUAUUUUCCAUUGAGAUUUCCCUACAUUGUUUAUCACGAAUGUUUUUGUCUUUGUACCACAAACUCUUGGUAUACUUUAGUUAUAUCAUAUUUGAAUAGCAGAAAUAAUUAUUGAAAUAGUUUUACCCAUUAACACUUAAAUAUUUUAUCAUGUGAUUAAUAAAAUAAAAUCUAUCCUUCUUGCUUAGAGAACUCUUUAAGAUUCAUUCUUUAAUUUCAUAUCUGAAUUUUCAAAAUAAAUAAAUAAAAUAACAGAACGCAAUAUAUUGACAAUAAAGUGGGAAAUUGCACUAUAGGCGCCAGUUAGGUUAUGGUUUUACAUUUUAGAAUCUAAAUAAAUGCAGUUACUUGUAAAUAUUUGUAAAAGGCAAUUACAUUUAGCAAUUCACUUUUAAAAUUCGGCAAAAAAACCAAUAAUAUUUUAGAAUAAACAUGAUAUAUACCAAUUUCCAUUGUACAAAAUUAACAUAACAGUUUUUCUACUAAGUUUAAACUCUAAUUUUAGAUUAGGCAAAAUUCUAAUAAUAAACUAGGCUGUUUAAAUAAAUGCAAUUGUAGAAUUUUAGAUUAUAGUUAAGAUGGCGACGGUGGGUGUAUCGAAAUAUUUCUGGUUUGGGCUCGGUGCAAAUCGGACGGAAGAUCCGUCAAGCAUCUCGCGGAAGUGCGUAUCUUACGUCGGGUAUGCGAGGUUUAAUGUCGUUUUAUAUAUUGGAUUAGUUAUGACGUUACGCAACCGACAAUCACGUGUUUUCCGUCAGAUAAACACCGAAUUUAAUGAGACACGCGUUAAUUCGUGUUGUUAGAUUUUGUAAUUCUGUUGUUUAUAUGUUUUUUUUCACAGGUUUUUUAAAGCCAUUUGUUAUUGUUGUUGACCACUCUUGAAAUUUUCGAGGAAUACAUUUAUCAUGUCUAUUGUUUCUUAUAUCACGGAAUGGAUUUCUUUUUUUAAGUAUUUUUUUUAAUUUUGUUUGAAGAUACGUACAAGCGAACGGACCCAUAGUAAAGAUUCGAGAUAAAAUUGUUGUGUGUAAAUAUUUAUAAUCUUUGGUUGUUAAUUCAUUAGGUAGAUAUUAGAUUUGCAUUUUUUUUAUAUAUUACUAUGUGUACAUUUUCAGAUUAUCAAUCAUGAUUCGUGACGCAAAUAAUUUAUAAAAAGUAAAUGCCAUUAUGUCUUAUGUUUGAUAGUCUGAAAAUGUAUGAUAAUAAUAUAAUUCUUAAACCGUUUUAAAAUUGUGGACUGCUAAAUAGGGAUGAGGACCUUAAUUGAAAAUAUUUUAAAUAUUUAAUAUACACGUGAAUAUUUGUUGUUCUCAAAAUUCAAAAUCUGGCGAUUUGUGACGUCGACAAAACUGAACCAUGCAUUUUUUCCAUGAAGAUUUGAAUGUUUUUAGUUUAAUCGAAGUCUUCGGUAAGGUCAUUUAACUCUUAAUUGAACAAUCUUUUGAAGGUCUAAAAUACCUUUCCACUUGAUAUCCUGCAAUCGCUCUCUUCUAUCAUUCCAUAAACUCGUCGAAAUAAAUGGAAAAUCUGUCCGGGAAAUAUAUGAAGAAUGUGGUAGAGUGUUAAGAUUGACUAUACACUAGCAUAUUAUUUUUUAUAAAGUCGUUUUUAUCUAGAUUUUUGAAGUAUCUGCAUGGGAUUUGUAGGUUCUUAUCACUGCAACGCAAAACACCAAAAGGCAUAUUGUUCCCUUUGUGUCAACCCAUUAAAUAUUGAUAGCACUUGUAGCACCGUACUUUAGGUAUCCUGAAUUUCUUUAACAUACGGCUUAUAACACUUGUUUAAAAUAGCGAAAUUAACUUUUUUUUUUAUUUUGAAAUGGAAUUUUAUUUUUUAUAAUCAUCAAAUAUGUGGCGGAAAAAAUUUUGAAACUUUAUAAUAUAAAUAUGAAUUUGUCUUUUGUUGUUUAUUAUGUAUACUUACGAAUUAUGAUUUUUUUGUGUUGCAUAUUGUUAGGUUUGUGGUUUGUUUGUAAUUGUAUACAGAUAAGCUAGUUGGUGAUUACACGACUUUGGUGAAUGGAAAUAGGUAAAGCUUAAAUCAUACAGGUCAUUAUAGGUGUGUCUGAAAAUAUAGCGUUUUAUAUACUUGCUCUACUGCAUAUUUCAUAUAUAAACUACUGCUUUAAUAAAAAAUGGCGCAUGAAUAAAGAACAUGACUUUGCAAAUUGUAUUAAUUAAUUUCGUAGUCAACAUCUCUAUUUAGUUGCGUAACUCAAUAAGAUUCAGUUUUAAGAUAUAUGUCACUAACUUGUAAAACUGAAAAAAAAAAUACUUUACAAAUAUUACCUUAGUGUUAAGUUACUAAAAUGGGACGUUAGGAACAGGUUAGUUUUGUGGAUUAUGGUUUUACAGUCAACAGAUGUCGCUGAUGAUUAUAUAUUAAGUUACUUUCGACUAAUAUGGUGCAAGGUCCUCCAACAUUAACUUUGCACAGAGCAGAUCUAUCAAUUCCGAUGAUGAUUGAACGAACAAAAUUUAGAAUGACUCUUGUUUCAAGUUUCCUAAGGUAUAAAAUAAAGCGAUAAAAUAAUAAGUAUCUGUGAGCCGCAUUAAUUGUAUCACACUGUAAGUGAAUACGGACUUUUUUAAGUUCAUAAACUAAGUAAAAUAAUCAAAUUAAAUCAUCACCGCCAUUUCUUGACUGUCAAAAUCUAUGGAAAUGUAACGUUCCCCGUAAACGCUAAAAUAUCGUCGGUGUAAUGUUCCACCUUCAAUAAACCUCGUGCUUAUUUUCUUUGACAGUCAGUUGCACAAAUGUCCAUUAAAGGUUUAAUGACACAUUUAAGCUGUAGUGAAUUUUUAUUUGGAUUUGUUAAUGUCGCUUUAAAAUAAUGACAAUUUUAAUGGACGUUUGCCCAAAUGGCUGUUAAUCUACUAAUUCCUAAGCUGCCUUGUACAACACACGAAAGCAAUAAACGGUUAUGUAAUUUUUUGCUAAUGGCUCCAAUGUAUUAAGUGUGGUACCAAAUUAGGUAGGUUCUAUUUCUUUAUUCGAAUCCAAUUAAUUCCAUUUUGGAAUUACCACGCUUUUCGUAAUGUUAGAAUAUAAAACGUGUUGUGAUUUAAAGUCCGUUUUUCUUUGUAGGCAAAUCGCAAAUGAAGGGUAGAGUGUCUUGAACUGUAUUGUUUCACACACAGCGACAACGUAUCGGAUCAACAAAAAAUAUGUAUAAAUCAACUGUUUCUUUUAUGUGUUAAAACCAAGAAAAACGGGCUAACAUUUAUGAAGCAAUUUCAUUUUUGUCUUAGAUUUUAAGUAAAUAUUAAACACUUGUGACUGCUGUGCGAGGUUUUUAGAUAGGAUUAUAAUAUAAUUAUUUGUCAAACUUAAAUACCUGAAAUUCCAGUUCCUUAUUAUUUUCCAUGGUUAGUUUAAUAUGAGUUAUGUAGUUUUGAAUGGUGUUAGAUACUGGACUGUGAUUUCGUUUGCCCAAUGAAAACAGAAAUGUCGAAACAUUUGUGUAAUUAUUUUUUAUUAUCAUAGUAUGGAUAUGACAUGGCAACUGUUUUUAUACCUACUAUAAAAGUAAAUUGUUAAUAUGAAAAAGAAAAUGUUUCAAUAUUUUGCAGUACACAAGCGUUUUGAUAUUUUGUUUAUUAAAGUAUGAAUUCCGUGGUCAUGUCCAUACUAACGUAUACUUUUUAUGCAAUUAACCUGAACAACUCCAUAAGCUCCGUAAACUAAAAUGAUAAUUUAAAACAGUUUUAUGUCAUAAGAUAAUGUGUGUGACAUUAAAACAUAUUACAAACAUAUGAAUCAUCGUAAAAGCCGAAUCGUGCGAAUUCUAAUAAGUUUUUGUUAAUUUGCAAGGUGUAAAGAUCCGUCUCCUUGGGCUUUCAUAGCAACGAAAUGAUUUUGGUAUGCUGUAGCAUAGAUAAAAUACUAAUAAUAUAAUUAAUUAGCCAUAAGUUGCCUUAUAAAUUUACGCAUUCACAAACAUUCAUCACUCAUAGGUGCUUAAAAUUUAUUAUAUUAAAAAAAAAUAAGUUCGUGUUGUAUUUUAUUUCAGUAAUACUAGAAUGUCAGUUAUCAGUGAAAUUACAGUUCAGUACGGGCAGACGAUCUUCAGCAAUCUAAGCGGAAAAGUGCUGAAGUUAUAUUGUGGACUUUAUCCCAUUAUAAUAAGACUUAUUUUGUUAAAGAACUUUCAAGCAUUUUUCCGCGCCAACUGUGGCGAUAAAAUAUGAUGAUGGUGGCUAGAUGUUUCUCGGUGGUUUUUUUAAUACAGGUAUUGCAUAUUUUGUUAAUGUAUUAAUUUUUCCAUCUCUGUAAGGUCUAUCUCUGUGAAGUCAUUUUUCAUUGUAUCUCUCAAGUAAUCUCGAUGGCAAUAUUAGUGUUCGAGACUUGUUUAUCAUUUCGAAUAUGUAUUUUAUUUCAAUAAACAUAAGUGUGAUAUUUGU